AUGCGAGAGCCGGCGGGGCGGGCUGCAGCGGCCGCGGGCAGCGGGAGGAGGCGGCGGCGGCGGGCCGGGCCGGAGGAGCGAUGCUGCUCGCCUCCGCCGUGGUGGUGUGGGAAUGGCUGAACGAACACGGGCGGUGGCGGCCCUACAGCCCGGCCGUCAGCCAUCACAUCGAGGCGGUGGCCCGCGCCGGGCCGCGGGCGGGCGGCAGCGUGGUGCUGGGCCAGGCUGACAGCCGCCUGGCGCCCUACAUCAUCGACCUGCAGUCCAUGCACCAGUUCCGCCAGGACACCGGCACCAUCCGCCCCGUGCGGCGCAGCUACUAUGACCCGUCCUCGGCACCGGGCAAAGGCGUCGUGUGGGAGUGGGAGAACGACAGCGGCUCCUGGACUCCCUACGACAUGGACGUGGGCAUCACCAUCCAGCGUGCGUACGAGAAGCAGCACCCCUGGGUGGACCUCAGCACCAUCGGCUUCUGCUACGUGAUCGACUUCGCCACUAUGGGCCAGAUCAACCGGCAGACCCAGCGCAAGCGCCGCGUCCGCCGCCGCCUCGACAUGGUGUACCCCCUGGUGUCGGGCACCCUGCCCAAGUCGCAGUCCUGGCCGGCCAGCCCCGGGGCGGCAGCGGCCCCCCCGGCCCCCGCCUGUGCCUGCCCCCAGUGCCUCCUGGUGAUGAGCGUCAAAGCUGCUGUGUCAGCCGGCGGCCUGGGGGCUGCUACCCUGCAGCCGCGCAAAGCUCCCCCUGCUCCUCCCAUUACCCCCAAGGCCCCGGCACCCACCCCGGGUGCCAAGGUGCCUGACGGCACGGCCGCAGCGCGCGGAUCGCUGAAGCCUCUGGGCUCACAGGGUGUCCGGCGGCAGGCAGCCAGCGCACCUGCCCUGAGCCCAGCCGGCCCUGCUGCAAGCCCCCCCGGCGCGGGCAGCAGCAAGGCGGCCCGGCCCGGCCUCGGCACCCUGAACCGCAGCCACUUGCAGCGCCUGGCCAUCGCCCAGUCCCGCGUGCUUAUUGCCUCGGGGGUCCCUACUGUCCCCGUGAAGAACCUCAAUGGCUCCAGCCCUGUGAACCCAGCUCUGGCAGGCAUCACAGGGAUCCUGAUGAGUGCAGCCGGGCUGCCUGUCUGUCUGACGCGGCCCCCCAAGCUGGUGCUGCACCCCCCGCCUGUCAGCAAGAGCGAGAUCCAGUCCAUCCCUGGCAUCUCCCACACCUGCCGCAAGACCACCAAGAAACAGGCCAAGAAGGGUAAAGCUCCAGAAGAGGUGCUGAAGAAAUACCUGCAGAAGGUGCGGCAUCCGCCGGAUGAGGACUGCACCAUCUGCAUGGAGCGGCUCUCGGCACCAUCCGGCUACAAGGGCCCCCAGCCAGCCAUCAAGCCUGACCUGGUGGGGAAGCUGGCCAAGUGUGGCCACAUCUUCCACCUCCACUGCCUGGUGGCCAUGUACAACAACGGCAACAAGGAUGGCAGCCUGCAGUGCCCAACCUGCAAAACCAUUUAUGGGGUGAAGACGGGGACGCAGCCCCCGGGGAAGAUGGAGUACCACAUCAUCCCUCACGCACUGCCCGGCCACUCUGACUGCAAAACCAUCCGUAUCAUCUACAACAUCCCCCCAGGGGUGCAGGGACCAGAGCAUCCAAACCCAGGGAAGAGCUUCACUGCCCGUGGCUUCCCACGGCACUGCUACCUGCCCGACAGCGAGAAGGGCAGGAAGGUACUGAAGUUGUUGCUUGUAGCCUGGGAUCGGCGCUUGAUUUUUGCCAUCGGGACCUCCAGCACCACGGGUGAGUCAGACACAGUGAUAUGGAAUGAGAUCCACCACAAGACGGAGUUUGGCUCCAAUCUCACCGGCCACGGUUACCCUGACAUCAACUACCUGGACAACGUCCUGGCUGAGCUCGCAGCCCAGGGCAUCACAGAAGAGAGUCUGGCACAGGAGAAGGACUGAGAUUGGUGGUAGGGAGGCCAUGGCAAGGGUUCCCACUGCUGUAUCCAAGGAUAGAAGCCACCAGUGAAACCCAGCUGGGGCAUUGGGAGGGCAGUGGAAGCAGCUGCAGGUCAAUGGGGAUGUGUGAGAGUGUCUUAGGGUUGUCCCCUCCCUGCUGGCUGGUGCUGUGAGCUGCAACGGUGACCCUGUUCUGGCCGUCCCCAGCAGCCAGUUGCUGCUGUGUGUUGUCCCACGCAAAUGUUGCGUGCUGCUGCCAGGGCUCUGUGGGAGUGGGGAGGGCAAGCCAGGACACCUCUUUCCCUAAUCACCCACGUCCCAGUCUGACUUGGUGCCCCUGGUACCCACCUGGGCCUGGGACCCCAUCCUGGUGCUGGGCAGUGGGUGGGAGCCGGGCUGUGGGGUCUCUGGCUAUGGCCCUAGCUCAUUCCUCACCCGUCUCUUUGUCUGUCUGUCCUGUCUGGUACAUCCCGACUGAUCUUCUCUGUCCACAGAGGUUGGGGGCUCUGGUGCAUCUUGACCAGACCCCCUUGUCCUUCCUCCUCCUCUUGGUUAUGUCUGAGCUGUGCCCUGUGGGGUCCCAUUGUCUGGGCUGCCCCUGUACUGGGAAGGGCUUGGAGGGUGGUUGGAAGCUGAGUGUGGGGGGGGAAGCAUGUCUCCCGCCCCUGCUCCCCCCAGUAGUGGGUUCUUUGAACUGUUUGUAUGGGGGCGUCCCCGUGUUGAAUUUUAUAUACCUCGUGUUUUGGGGGUUUGUCGUAUAUAUGUACAUAUAGGUGGUGGUGGCUGGGAGGUGGCCAGGGGAACAUGGUGCUAUGGCCAGGCCUGGUGGUGCUCUGGAUCUGGGGGUGAGGAAAGGGGGACACUGACCCAGAGGGGCUCAGUGCCUCACAGUGGAGCUGUCACCCAUGGGUCUCUGUGAAGUAGGGAUAGAUGGGAAGCCAUCACCUUCCUGCUAGGUUCCAUCCAUGUCCCAUGGCUCGGGGGUCCCUGGUGAACUCUCAACGGGGUGGAGGGUGGCUGGCAGUGUAUUGGCACACUGAUUUUGGGCUGGGCUGGGGGGGUUGAUGUGCCAGGAGGGUAAGUGUAGCUGGGGGAAGGGGAGGGGGUUUGCAUGGCAUCUGGUGGCCCCCACCAGACCCAGGGACUUCUUGGAGCCACAUGGGGUGGGAACAGUGGGCCCUGUGGCUCGAGGGGAUGCUGGGGGGCACCACCCCACAGGCUGUUCUAUGCCCUCCUCCUGAUCCCAUCCUGUGAGACACCCUGAUUUCGUGAGUCAGGCGGGGACCCUGCCCAAACUGCUCCCUGCCCCCCCUUCAUUGCUCCUUGUGGGGUUGGGUCCUCGUAGCCCCUUUCGUUUAGUCCCUUUCUGUUUUCCUUUGGGGUUGGUUCACCCUCCGUCCUGGGGGACGGUGGCAUGGGAGGGAUCCGUCCUGAUGUGCAUCAUUCUGUCGUCGUUGCUGUUUCUCCUCUCCCCUGUCCGCGGGGUCCAUCGCCAUCAGCUGGCUGCACCCCAGGGCAUCAAUAAAGCGGAUGGUGGAGGAGUGCUCACUGUCCCUAUGUGGCCUGGCCUCUCUGUUGUCUUCUGUCCGUCGUCUGUGUGACCAGGCGAGGGAGUGGGCACCCACAGGGAGGGCCAGGCACCUCGUUCCCCUCCCCCCAUCCUUCCUUAGCAUGGGCUGUCAUCUUCUACCUCAAGGGAGAAACCCUCUGUCCCUAGGAAAUCCCCAUCUGGGCAGCUCUGCAGCAGGGGAACAGCAUCAUGAUUUCUGCAUGGCUGCACCUGAGGCUGCCCUGCUGCAGAAAAACCUGAGCUGGAGCUAUGCAAAACCCUCAUGUGAUCCGGGGGAGGGAGAGGGCCCCCACCUCCAGGUGCCAGGUUGAUGACUAACGUGACACAGCUUUUUAACAACAUUCCUUUUUUAUUAUUAUUAUUUUUUUUAAUGCUGUGUUGCCUAUGCAAUUAUUUGCUGGCUGAAAUAAAAGUGAUCCGUGCCUCUCUGCAUGUGUGUGUAUAUCUAUCAUGAUAGAUAUACAUGGAGGCGCGGGUCGCCCUCCUGUUCCUGCGGGUGGAAAUGGGUGCUGGGUGUGUGCAGUAGCUGGGGGACUUAUGGGGGAGUAGGGUGUUCUCCAAGGAGUUGGUCCCUGAGCCAAUGCUUUUACAGGCUGCGUAUCUCUGCGAUGGACUUGAGUCUAUCCGGUGAGUCAGGAAGGGGGGUUUGCAUGGCUUCCCCUUGCUUUUGAGGUUCUCUUGGGUACCCCAACAACCUCAGCAGCUUUUUGAAGGGCACUGGAUCCCCUUUUCUGGGAAUGGGGAGGAGAGAGUGGGCAUGGCCUGUAAUGGGGUAUGGGGACUGUUUAUCUCUCAAGCAGCAAAGCUGGUUGGGUUAGUUGGGAAAGAGCAGGGGCUGGUGGAGAGAU